AAAAGUUUCGGGUUGAUUAAUCGAGGGUACAAAUGGAUGCGUCCUUCCAUUAUAUAUAUCAGCAACCGGCUCAGGCUCUCCGCCGCGAGGAUUAGGGUUCUUUCAUUGUAGCAGUCUAGCGCAGCCUCCUCCUUCAGCUUCCACUGCAACCAUGUCCGGAAGAAAGAAGACUAGGGAGCCCAAGGAGGAGAAUGUGACACUUGGGCCAACAGUCCGAGAGGGAGAGCAAGUUUUCGGAGUUGCCCACAUUUUUGCAUCUUUCAAUGAUACUUUUAUUCAUGUUACUGAUCUUUCUGGGAGGGAAACCUUAGUCCGUAUCACAGGUGGUAUGAAGGUUAAAGCUGAUCGGGAUGAAUCAUCUCCAUAUGCAGCUAUGCUUGCGGCGCAAGAUGUUGCACAACGAUGCAAGGAGCUUGGAAUCACUGCUCUGCAUAUUAAGCUGCGAGCUACUGGGGGGAACAAAACAAAAACACCCGGCCCUGGUGCUCAGUCUGCUCUUAGGGCACUUGCUCGCGCUGGAAUGAAAAUUGGACGUAUUGAGGAUGUUACACCAAUUCCGACGGAUAGCACACGAAGAAAGGGUGGAAGAAGGGGAAGAAGGCUGUAACUUGUUUACCAACUUGCAAUGUGUUUUCUGCCAGCGUAUCCUAGUUACUUAUUUCGGUUGUUGAAAACAAUUUAAGAAUCAAAACUGUUAUAUUUUGUUGCACAAUUUUCUGUUCAACUUAGACAUGAUUCCUAUGAGUUGAUUUUGAGGAUUAAAAUUUGGUUGCUCUCUAA